ACCAGCAUGCUGCAAUAGGUUGCACUUGUCCAGUAACACAACUUACAGUAGACUGCCAGGGUGCCAGGGAAAGAUAACUCAACAUACAGAUGAAAAUUAAAAUGGACAACAUACUUUUUCCAUUUCCCUGUCUCAUUGUACUUUUGGGUCUGGUGUUGACUUCUAUGACUACAGCCCAAAACAACAUAACUACCACAAUCAGUCCCACUAAACUCAUCAAUCACACCGGAAACCAGGUAAACUCAACCAUCAACCCAGUUGAUACAGCACAAAGCAAUGAUACCACCACAACUCUGCCAACAAAUUCAGGCAGUCCUAACACCACCACAGAAAAGGAUGAUGACAAAAGCACCAACAUCUCAACAACCACAUCCCAGCAGUUGACACAGAAUGGCAAUACUUCACAUCCCUCAGGAGGAAUCAGGUCCACAACUCCUGCUGGAAGCACCAAGGACAAAGAAUUGGGUCAUACCAAAACAACAACAACGACAACUGUGCCAACAUUAGUUCCUACCACAAGUGCCCAUCGAAAUUCCACAAAAUCCAAGAUCUGGCUAAUCAUCUUGAUUAUCAUCAUUGCUGUGGUUCUUGUAAUAGUAUUUGUCCAAAUACGCAAGAAGUUGAAGAGGAAAUCGAUGGAUCUGCCAAGCAGACAGGAGGAUGUCCCUCUGAGUACUCACGAUCAUGACGUCGCGUUUGACAGCUCUCCGGCACCGAAGGAAAUGCAGACCUUUACGGCUGUGGACCUCGACAGCACUGAAGCCCUGGUUGAGGAUUCACCUGGAACAAAGGAGGAUGGUGGGAACAGCUCCGACCUCCCCCCGCCGCCAGGCUCUGUGGACAAACCCCAUGACGUGGCCCCGACUAAACUGGCCCCUGAACACGGGGCCCUGGGGGUCCCAGAAGGGGAGACUGAUGACGAACUCGCCGUCUCCAAUAAGACCUCGGUGGAGUCAGUGGCGGUCAACGAUGACAACAACAACAACAACAACAACAUCAGGAUGCCAGUGACAACGAGAGACUUGAAUCAUCUCUCAGGAUGGGCUGUGACCAGCCAUUUCUCAGAGGCUUAAACCUCUCCACGUCCACAGCCUCAACAGAACCACGAUUGAAGAAAAAACAUGAAGUCAAAGGUCAAUACAUCGGAAAUAAAUGGAAAAACUAGCUAGCUGAUUAAAUUCAUGUUUGCUUAUGGAAAUAAUCAAUUUAUUAUUAUUAUAUUAUAACAUUUUCACAUUUCAGGAUAAACCUUUCAAUAUGUUAACUUGCAAAAAUGCUGUUUAUUUUCUGGUACUUUUUCAAUACUGUAUUUUUCCCCCCAAUAAACCUACAGGAUGGACUUUAUUUAUAUUGAAUAAUUUAAAAAAGUCAUUGCAUAUACCUCAGUCAUCAGGUAUAAGAGUAUUUUGUGUAUAGCUAGAUGUAUGUAUAGUGUAUUGGUUGAAGAGUGGCUUUGUCAGGAUGGGUUUAUGUUGUUAUUCUAAGGGUAUAUGCUGGUUAAGAUGUGUUUGUGUGAGCAGGAUCAAUUCCAAAAUCAAUUUAAAAACAAUUUUUAAAGCUUUAUGAGGAUUUUUUCCAUUUGCCCUCAAGGUAAUUAGAAAAGGUGAUGUUUUGUAAAAAAUAAAAAAUAAAUGCAUAUUUUUUUACUGUCUAACAGUAAAGUCUCCAGAGGAGUUGCAAAUGUAGUAAAUGUGUCACAAGAUGUGUGAUAUUAGGUAAUGUACAUCCUUUUGUUUGUGAACAUUAUGUCAAUAUUUUAAAACUUCCCCUUUUGUGAUCUUCGUUGUGUAGGUAAAUUGACCCUAUGGAUAGAAGUUAAUAUGCAGUAGCCUAAGGGGAUCCUGAUUCUACAUAAUAUACUGAAUAUUUCUCUAGUCCUAUGCUCAGCCCGGCUCCACUCAUUGUGUAAACUAAAUGCUAUUUCUAGAACAACAAUAUCUUGUGUUGUUGAAAACAUUGUCAAAUAAAUCUGUUAAAAACA